UACAUUGGUAUCCUCGCUGUUAAAGUCCUCAAGUCUUUUCAAGUCUGACUUUUUGACAUAGAAUUGACCGAGUUCUCACACACGACAUAAUUUGCGCAUUUUACUUUCUUUUCAACAGACCUAAGGAUGCACCUAAAUCGGGAAAACCAGAUCUUGCUGUGAAGCCCAUAAAUUCUGUAUGUGGACACGGUGGCACGGUAGCCAAAGGACAUCACGGUCAUGAGAAGCUUACCGCUUCCGAAUCACGCCGAAGACUUGCGACAAGGAAGGCGUCGUUGAUGCCAAAGACCGAAGAUCGCCGGUCUUUCAGCGACGCCGGCGCUCUUUUUCCAACGUCACCGUUGCUACCAAGCUCAAGCAAGAAACCGACAUCCCCCGCUGACGUCGUGUCUGCGCCCGCUCAAGCUCCGGUGCUGAAGAGACGUCUUGAGUCGAGUACCAAGCGACUGGGCAAGGAUGCGACGACCGCAGUCACCACCAAGGGUGGAAGGAUCAAAUCGCCACUGGAGAAGACUCGGAACAAGAAUGGGGCUCCCGAGGGUCCUUCGGCGUCGAAGGUGCCGAAGACCGAAGAUCUGCGGUCUUUCUGCGACGCCGGCGUUCUUUCCCCUGCGUUGUCGCCGCUACCGAUUUCAGCCGCGUUAUCGACGUCCCCCAGUGACGCCGCAUCUUCGCCCGAAUCAGCACCGGCGCUAAGGAGGCGUCCCGAGUCAGGUCUCAAGCAGUUGGGCAAGAAGGCGACGGGGGUGGUCACCUCCAAGGGUGGAGAGAUCAAGUCAGCACCGGAGAAGGCUCCGGGCAAGAAGGGAACUUCCCACACUCCAGCGGCGCCCUCGUGCGCUCCGUCCAAGAUUAAGCACUAUCACAAAGCCGCGAAGUCCCGUAAGAAAGCGGCAGGGGCCAACGCGCUGUUGCCGGCAUCCAAUGCCAUGAGCCCUUCGCCUGACAAGGCCUCCAAGGCGGCGAACCACAUGGCGAACCAGACGACGACGGCAAAAGCACUGGCUUCGGAUGGGAAAACAGCGAACAGAAGAGCAUCGGCAUCAAUGGCCGCACUGCCCAGUGAAAAAAAAGUGGCGUCAGUAUCGCCUGCUCGCAAGAUUCUGCAUCCCAGGCACAAGACGCGAGAGCACAUGAGGUCCGGGGCUCCCUCGCCGAAGGCGCCGGUAAAGGUAGCACAUUCUCCGAAGCCAGCGGGAGGCAAGCCGUCUGCGCCUAGGCUUCCGACCGCGACACCACCUGGUACAGAAAGGGGCAAAGAAGCACCCGCCGUUACGGCUACGUCGCCCGCUUCGAAGGCCAAGACAGUAAAGGCGCGAGGUCAGAUAUUUACUCACAAGGGAAAGCCGCACGACGACCACGCAUUUUCCAAGGCCGGGUCGUCGAAGGCCUCGGAGGGCGCGGCGGUCACCUCGCCGACCGAAGGCGGCCAGUUUUUGAAGGAGCGGCCUCCCACACUGCCAUUAAGCAGCUCGAUGUCUGGCAUCGUGAGCGAGACGGAGGACCUAAACCGCACUGGCGACAAGCUUUUGGAGCUUUUGUCGCUGCUCGAUUCAACGUCUACGCCGCGACAGUCCGGGCGCGACGUGACGAAAACACGCGACUCCACCGGAAAGCCUGCCGUCGCUCGAGCAAGCAGAGAGUUCCAGGCAGGAGCGAAAGAGCCAACAAGCCUGCCAUCAGGUGCCGUCCAGGCACCGACUACCACCGAGCCAUACGACGGGCCGGCAGCUAGCGCCCUGGAUUCGGGCAGUCGUGUCGGUGCUCCUCGGCCUUCCACCACGUCAGCGACUGCAGUGGAUGACGUAAGCAGCGUCCUCACUGGUCGCUCCGAUGAACAAGCCGUAGUUCUGGAGGCGCUGGUGGCUACAAAUACGCUUGAGGCGUUCGUAGCUGCCAAUCCCUCAAUGGCGCCGGACAGCUGCUUUGACGUCAAUGUUCCCGGGAGGGCGCCAGUAGAGGAUGACCAAUGUGGUCGCGCCUUCGGUUCCGCUACAGGUUUAGCGAAAGACAAUGCCAAAGUUGACCGGGCCCUAGUUACCGUAAAUAUGCCUGAUGGAAAUGCCCGCGAUCGCACUCUGACAUUAGAUGGUGACGCUAAUUCCCCGUGGUCUUCGGUGCCAGUAGAUGACGUAGGCAGUGACGUUAUGGGCAGAACCAAAGAUGAUGACGAAAACCAAGUCGAAGUUGCAAAACUGCCGUUGGCUGCGAAUGACGCGGUCGUCAUUCUGCACGCCCUGGCACUGGAUAGCUUCGCCGAUGUUUCACAGCCUUCGACGACAAUGGCGGACGACGCAGGGAGUGGCACCGUUGGUCUAGUUAUAGGCGAAGCCAAAGACCAAGCCGAGGCUUCCCAGCAACUAGCUAUCACGUAUCAGCCUGAGGCACCGGCUACCACAGGCGUCCCGGCUCCGCACAGCCACACUGACCUCCCGCCUUCUACGUCAGCUGCAACAGGAGGUGACGCAACCAGUGGUGGAGUCGAGAGAGCUGAAGCCAAAGUCGAAGCCACCAACAAAAUCGACGACACAACGGCUCGCCCCUCGCUCGCUAGGCGUAGCAAUCUCAAAAGUGGAAGCCGGAACCGAGCGAAAUGA